GCCACACUCGCUUUCUGACUGUUGCUGGCUGCGAGCUGAUCUGUGAAUUAUCCGUAUAUUUAUCCGUAACAGUAUGAAGAUCAUUUUGUUAAUUGUCACGUGUUCCGUAGCAGCUUCAGCUAAGAUAUUACCUGACGAUUUUCCGCAAUGCAAGAGGAACGAUCCAGAAUUGGAGAAGUGUAUACUAGCAGCAGUCGAAGUAGUCAGACCGAGGCUGUUAAACGGCAUCCCUGAAGUCAACAUACCAACGCUGGAGCCGUUCAAUGUGCCAACAUUGAAGCUGGAUAGGACUGCCAACAAUCUGAGAUUGAAAGCCAACAUUAAAAAUAUGAAAGCCGUCGGUGGAUCCAAAUUUACAAUUGAAAAAUUCAGAUUGAACUUGAACAAUAAGUACGUGGCGGAAAUCAAACUAAGCAUCCCAAAGCUGGUGGUAACUGCUGACUACGACGUGAAGGGAUCCCGUAUCCUCACCCUGGACAUCAGUGGCCAGGGAAGAUUCAGAAGCAACAUCACUGGAAUAACAGUGGUAGCAAAGGGAAACGCGAAACCAAUCACAAAGGAUGGUGUGGAGUAUUUACAAGCUGAGAAGGCUAUAACAAAAAUAAGAAUUACACACGCACAAAUUGUGAUUGACGAUAAUGAGCGACCAGUGGCUGCAACCUCCGCGGCAGCAUUCUUCAACGCCAGUCCCAAUAUAGUGCUGGACAUCCUGAACCCUCUAAUUGAAGAAAGUAGUGCGGCCAUCUUCAAAGCAUUUAUCAACAAAAUAUUGGGCAGCAUCCCGUUAAAGGAGAUCUUCGUAGAAGACGCCUAGUUGUUAUUGAAUAUGUACCUGUGCCUCUUAUUUAUAAAUAGAUUUAAGAUUAAGUCAUAUUUAAAUUAGUAUAUACAUUAUUAUUGUACUUCAUAAUAAAUAAACAAUAACUUAAUGACGGUAA